AGGUCAGUUAUGUAGUUGUUACCAGAGUUGUUACAUAGAGGCUACUUGAUAAGGUUAUGGAAUAAUGAGAUGGGCGGGGCGGAGUCCACUUUGGCAUCCAAGUAGUAGUAAGCAGGCUCAAAUACAUACAACCGACGGCACCAGCUCACCCGCUGCCCGCCAUGCUUGCACGGGCUGCCAUCUCCUCUGGGGUGACCGUCCAUAAGAUCAGCAAAACCAUCACCUUCUACUGCAAUGAUCCUCCGACAAGCUCCAGGCCAGCGGCGGUCGUGGCCGAGCAGCCCAGGCCACUCCUGCUACUCCUGCCCUGGCUGGGCUCGCGGCCCCAGGCCGUAGCCAAGUACUGCGAUAUCUACUUCCGCACCGGCUUUGACGUGCUGAUGGUGGAGAGCGAGGUGUCCCAGUUCCUGUGGCCGCGCUGGAGUCUGGAUUAUGGCGCGCGCGUGCUGGACGUACUGGAAAGUGAACGCUUCUCCCACCGGCCUGUGCUGGUCCACGCCUUCUCCAUCGGCGGCUACACCUUCGGCCAGCUGAUGGUCCACAUAGCCCGUGACAGACAGCGCUAUCAAGGCCUGUCGCAGCGUAUCUGCGGGCACAUCUAUGACAGCCUGGUCAUGGGCUCGCUGGAGAGGAUGGCCACAGGUUUGGGCAAAAACGUUUUCCCUCGUUUUGAAAGUCUCGUGAAGCGCCUCAGCAUGCUCUACUUCCGCACGUUCAAACAGCAGACAGUGGAGUACUUCAACACUGCCAUUAGCGUCUUCUGGAACAGUCCGGUGACGGCGCCCGCACUGUUCUUCUUCUGUGAGAACGAUACGCUCUGUGACCCAGAGAGCAUGGAGGAAAUGAUCGCCUACUGGCAGAGCAGGGGCAUCACGGUGGAGAAGCGGAGGUGGAAGGAGUCCAUCCACGCAGCGCACCUGCGCGCCCAUCCGCAGGAGUACCUCUCCAUCCUGGACAGCUUCCUGCAGAGCCUCAACAUGGUGCCACUCAAGGCAAAAAUGUGAGGCAAACCUGCCGAGAGAGAGAGAGAGAAUUAAGAAUAGCUCACUGUCCCAUAAACACAUCACCUCAAAGGAAUGGUUAGAGUAAAGGAGUGUUUGACAUAUUUACCAUUUAGUUUUUUUUUACAGGAACUUGAUUUUGUACAGCACAUCACAUAUGGGUCAUUUCGUGUCAUAUCAGAUAAGGUUGUUGCUGCACAGUCUUGGAUUUUGUUCAAACCUUGUCUAUAUUAUAAAUGGGUACCAAAACCAAGCCCUGUAAAAUGUUUCUGUGUCUAUCCUAUGUCUUCAUAUUAUUUUCAUCCCUUGAAUUUACUUCAGUUUUACAGCCUGAAAAAUACAUUAUCUGGGAAGCAAUGUUUGGGCAUUCAUAUAAUGAAAAGUAUUACUCAUAGUUCAUUGUAAAGUGGAAGACAAACACGUUUUCAGUCCGCAUGACUGAACCGUUACAAGUCUGUGGUUUGCUUAUUGAUUUUCUACAAGGUCUUAGAUUUGGAAAAAAGUGCAAAAAGAGUGACAUUAAGGUUUAAACUUUCUUUUGUAUGCAUUUGGUGUCAAUCAUUAUUUUUUUCUUUACAUACAAGAUUUUAUUAAGGUUGUGUCAAUAUUUGACCUGCCCACUUAUAAUGGGCUUGACUAUUUUAAGGAUUAAUUAAACAAGGAAAGGUUAAGCUUUGGGGGUAAUUUAGGGGGUCAUAGAAUUAAAAUGGUAUGUGGGAUGGCUAGUAGGCACAUGAGAAUCUAUGUGGAAGCAGUGUAUGGGGAUUUGGUGUACAAAGUGGCAAUGUUGUACCAUAGAUAUAUAAAUAGUGUCUUAAUCAUUGUUUUAACUCAGGGAGAAGGUGUAACCAAGUAAGUCUAUGUAUCUAUGAAUGGAACAUGGUACAUCAUUGGCACUUGCUGUACAUGAAAUGACUAUAAAAUGAGCUAUUCCCACAGCGUUUUUCAUGUUCAUACUAGCUACCCCACAUACCAUUUUAGUCUUAUGAAAAUGGCCAAAAAAUGCAAACACGUUUCGUCCUGAAUGUUUUUAUGUGCAUUUGUUAAGGAGACCUCAAAUAUUGGCUCAACAUACCAAGUAUUGUAUUUGCAGACAAAAUACUGAUUUAUGCCUUGUGUGUACAAAAAAGACCCUGAAUAUCACCAGUUUUGCACUUUGUUGCAAAUCUAGGGCCUUAUAUAAAAUCGAUGGGCAUGCAGUACAAACUUGUAAUGGUCCAGUCAUACUGAGAACAAGUCUGUCUCCCAUCAUACUAAGUUUGGGCAGGCUAGGAAUAAUACUUUCUAGGAUAUUAAUGCCCAAACAUGGUCUCCAAGGGAUUUCUCAGUGUAAAAAUUAUGAAAUUGAACAAAUCAAGGAUGAAAACAUUGCAAUUUAACAAAUAUAUAAUAUAUUAUAUAGGUCUCAGUUUUGGGACCUAAACCUGUUACGAAAGCUAAAUCUGAGAAGGUGCAGCAACCUGGAUUCUGUCUGAUUUGACACGGAAUGGCCAUAUGUCUGUCUGGUCCACAAUGUUUCACAAUUAAAUUUUUAUAUGAUAAAAACAGCACAACUUUAAAUUCAUGUGAGCACAUUCUAGAUAUUUAUAUGAGAGCACACCCAAUAAACACUAACUGUUUACUGUUUCUUCCUUAGUCUGUUCUGAGUUUUGAGGAAUGUGCCAUUAUUGCAUCACUCCCACUACAACCAGCAGCAAACUACACGCUUGAAAACUAGAUAUGGCCUUAUCUGGCCCCCUGAUAUGACUGGACUAGCAUCGAGUUUUCAUUGUACUUACAUUUUGAUAGAGGUUAUUGAAAUAUACAAACAUAUUUAUGACUUAGAAUAACUGAUAUGAUUUUGUUACAAAAUGAAAAUAAAAAAUCUAUGCCGUGUUACAUGUCA